GAUCGAGAAUGCACGAGUUUAUCGGCGAUCGAUCGGGAAGGCAGUGGCUCGGUCAGUGUUUAUUUCUCCAAAUUUUGUUGAAUUUCGCUCCCGAUUAUGGAUUUAUAAAGAGAACGUCGCAUUCGGUAAACUGAACGCAAUCUUUCCUCCUAUUUGAGAAUGAACACGAAAAAUGUUAAACGUGGCAUCAAUAUUUGAGUGUCUUCAGAUAAGAAUUUGUCAAUUUCAUAUGUUUUAGAUAAAUAAAAACAAAUGUCUGGAAAACAGAGACUGUGGAAACAUUGCGACCAUUGCUCACAAAAUAUUACUUUUAAAACAGCCAAAGAGUUUAUCCAGCAUCUGAGGGACGACCAUUGCAGUAAGGAAGGUGGAUCUUAUGUUUGUCGAUACGGAAAUAAUAAUGUCUGCUGUUCUUUGCCUAUUGAAGGUGUCAGUGAUCAAGACUACGAAGCUCACGUUUUAAAGCAUCAUGUUGCACUCAAUCCAGAUGAAAUAAAGACAGAAAAUAGCUCAAAGACAGAAUAUAAAAUUAACUUAAAUGAAAAAAGACUAUUGGAAUCAAAAAGUGGAAGCCAGUUACUGGAUCCAGUUUAUCAGCCUAAUUUAAUAGCAGAUCAAUUUAAAUGGACUGUUUUUGAUAGUUCACAAAAUCUACCGGCCGUGUUAAACGAUCCUCGUCGUGUCAAAAGAGAAUUUGACUUUUUCACUAAAACUUGGGGAGAUUCUUUUGUUGACGUACAAACGAUAUCUUAUUGUUCUCAUAUACCUGAGAUAACAAGGGCCCAUUUUGAACAUUAUUUGAAAAAUACAUCAAAAAGAUUAAAGAAAUUGGUUAAAAGAAAAGUUAAUAUUCCUACAUUCCAUAUUGGAGAUGGAUCAAUUAUUUCUCUUAGUGCAGCGCGUUGGUUUGAUAAAAAUCUUCCAAGCAUAGAAAGUGUGCCAAAGAUAUUUUUGCAACCAGACUUUAGUUUAGAAAAUCCUGAAACAUUUCGAGCUGUUCUCCCUUGGUCUCAAUUAUAUCCAGCACAGCAAAAUACUUUUGCACAUCAGUCUGCAAAAUUAUUACAAGAAAAGUUAAGUCACUAUUUAGAUAUUGUGGAAGUUCAAAUAGCCAGACAGAUAUCUAUGCGAUCAGAAGCAUUUUUUCAUGCAAUGACAUCACAUGAUGCCUUAAUGGACCAGUUAUCUAAUGUAAUUAAAGCUGUUGCUGAUUUAAGGCACAGGAUACACAAAAUAGAUGAAGUUUUAGUUCAAACACCAUUACAAGUUUUACUAUUGAAAAGACGACAUGCAAACUAUUUACAAGUAUAUAACAAAAUUAAAUUAAUGGCAACAGUUCAUCAGACUCAACCAACUAUACAACUGUUACUCUCUACCUCAGAAUUUGUAGGUGCAUUAGACCUUAUUUAUACAACACAAGAAGUACUUUCACAAGAACUUGCAGGAAUUCAUAGUUUUCGACAUUUAGGUUCUCAAUUAGCUGAAAUUGAAAAAGUUAUUGAUAAAAUGUUGCAAAAUGAUUUUAUACGAUACAUUUCAUCAGAACUAAACAGGCCUCUCAUUAAUUCAUCAUGUGAAUUGAUAGAAAAGGAACAGCUAAUUGCAAUUGUUUUUGGGAUGUUACGACUUCAUCGUCAAAGUUUUAUACAGAUAUUUAGAGAUGAAGCAUGUACAGCAGUUAAAACAAUUCUUAAACAGACUGUUAUAGAAGUAAUAUCUAAACUUGAUGAGCUUGAUUCCGAAGAAAGUACAGGAAGUAGCUUAGGUGAACAGACAACUUUCUUGGAAUUUCAAAAAUGGUUAGAACUUUUACAACAAGUAUUUUCAAAUCUAAUAAUACUUUUACAUCGAAUAAAGCUUAUAUAUGAAGUGAUAAAUGAUGUGGUUAAAAUUUCAACAGGAAAUAAUCACUUAUCUCCUCAGGAAGGAUCUACAGAAUUUCAGACAGAUGUAUCUUUAUCACUAGGUAAUGAUAUAGAAGUAAUGAUAACAGAAAGUGAAUACAUUAAAAUCAUCGUUAAUCUUAAAGAUCUUCUUUUUGCUGUAUGUGAUCAUGCUCAUGAACGUUGUGCCAAGCUUCUUUCUGCCAAAGCAAAAGCUAAUAAAUUUGUCUCGAGGUUCCACGAAGAUAAGAAGUCCAAUCUUAACUUACUUUUAAAUAGUGAACAAUGGAAACAAGUAGAUGUUCCUUCGGAAUUUCAAGAUUUGGUAGAUCAUAUAUCACAAAAGGGAACAUUAACAGUAAUACCUAAACGUUCUGUAACAGAUAAUGAAAGACCGGCUCAGAGCUUUUUGGUUGUAAAUGGGCAGAAUUUUGCUGUUGUUAGAACAGUUCUGUUACUAUUGAAAAUGGUAAUGGAGUAUUGUCAAUGUGCUAAAAACAUUCCAAUGAUUGCACCAGAUCUUUUAACAAGACUUGUGGAUCUCUUAAAAUUUUUUAAUUCAAAGACAAGUCAGUUGUUAUUAGGAGCUGGUGCAUUACAGUUAGUAGGAUUAAAAACAAUUACUGCUAAAAAUCUUGCUCUUGCUUUAAGAUGCCUCGAAUUAAUGAUUAUUUAUAUACCAUAUAUGAAAGCACAUUUUCAAGAUAUACUUACAACUAAACAACAGUUUAUGUGCAAACAUUUUGAUGAAAUAUUAAAAGAUUAUAAUAAUCAUAUCAAUGAAUUAUCAAACAAGCUUGUAACAAUUAUUGGAAGUAUGUUUGAAAAUCAGUUGGCAAAGUGGGAAGUAAAAGCACCAGUACCUUCCUCCUGCUUUCGUUCUAUUUCAAAGCAACUAACAAAAUUUCACGAAGCAGUGUCCGAUCUGUUGCCUUUGGAAUUUUUGCAAGAUUUAUUUACUCAGAUACAUGCAGAUUUUAAAACAAAACUCCGGACCCACCUGGCACAGUUGCACGUGAAUAAUGACGGAGGACCGCAGCAUGGUUUAGUAACCCAAGAACUUACAUUUUAUAUGGAAAGUCUAAAAUUGUUAAAUGUAAUGCAACAUGGAAAUAUUAAUAUGGAUGAUUUGUGGCCAGCAAGGUGACACAUUUGUUUUGUUAGUCCCAACUAAGCAUGUUUGUGUGUAAAUAUGUGAUUUAAUGUAAAGAUUUUUAUUUAUAAAGAAUUAAUGGUGCUUUAUGCACACUUGCUGCAGAUUCAACCAUUCCCAAUUUUUAUUGUUGCAAGAUCUCUAAAUGUAUUAAAAUGAAAUAUUUUUUAUUAACAGAUGUACUUUUGAUAUCUGCAGUGCCUAUGUACCAUUUCAAGGAAAUAAAUUGUGAAUAAUUGUUCUGCAGGUAUUGCAGAAAUUGAAUACACUUCUAAAAUUCUAUUACAAAUUUAUCAAUACUAUACAAGAAAAACAAU